GUACUGAUGGCUAUGACUUUGAAUGCUUGUUUAUACUUGGUCUAUUGUAUUACUACCGUCAGUUGGGCCUACACUCAGCUUUCUGAUGUAAUCGAACUGCGAAAAAACUAUUGCAUAGUUGCUCUGCUCAAUUCGGCGUCACAAUCUGCCAAAUCAAAAUUUUUUGACUCUUUUAUUUCGGAAUUUGUUAACAAUAGAACGAACCAUGAGAUUAAAUUUAUGCAGUUUGAACCGCCUUUCAAAUGGAAAGAUGGAUCAGAAUUGAGUUUAAAUUGUCAGCCAAAUGAUAAUUUGGAAAGUAUAUGCGGAUCAGAAAUCGUUGUGUUUGCAAAACACCCUGAGGACCAAACCUGUUUGCACCCUCCUCCUAGCGAGGAAAUGAUACGCUACGAUGCAGUUGUUGAAACCAAUCUUUUGAAUUUCGAUGAUUUUGCCGAAUUUGUUAAUGAACAUUGCGAGAGUUACUUUACCUCAGAGGGAAAAUUAAACGAAUUUGGAGUUGUGAGGUCGAGAUUAGAAGACCACUUGCCAUGGAGUUACGAUGUAAAAUUCGAAGAUAUUUUACACAGUAAGGCUGAUUUUCCAAAGUGCCCAGAAAUCACUGGUCCAACAUCAAGACAAUUUCUGAUUGACUACAUAUCAAAAUCUAAACCCGUGAUCAUCAGAAACGCCGCUGGAGAUUGGCCAGCUUUGAGCAAAUGGAGCUUGAACUAUCUUAAAUCACUUGUUCCAAAAGACAGAAAAGUGCGCAUAAAAGUUGCGCCUUUUGGUGAAUUCGAAGGAGUUGAAAACAUAACACUUUGGGAAGAUUUCUCGUCGUUCGAAAUUCCGAGUUUUAUCAAGCGGCAAUUAGCCUACGAUGACUUAGUUGUGGUCAGACCAGCCGUGUUGAACAUGAAAUUCCACUCGUUUAUUGAUGCGCUGAAGUCGAAAGAAUUCGGAAAACAAAACGCAAGUUUGUACCUCGAGUAUUCUUCCGUCAAAGAUCAUCUGGAAGAAGUUGAGGGUGAUUUUGGGGAGUUUGAGUUCAUUUCGAGGUGGUUGAAUUUGGAUUCAACUAACAUUUGGCUGUCAGACGGAAAUACCCUCGGGAAGUUGCAUUUCGAUCCAUUUGAUAACAUACUAGUUAUGGUAGAAGGAGAAAAAGAGUUGACCUUGUUUGACCCCUUUCACAAUGAGAAGCUGUACGAAGCACACAUUCAGGAAGCGAACCUCAAGUUCGACCCACAGAGUAAGCUGUUCACGCGUCAGGGGCUGCAACACUCAACGUCUAUUGUGAUGUCGCCCGUGGAUAUCCAAAGACCAAAUUUAGUGAAAUUUCCGAAGUUUGCAGAUGCGCGUCCAGUGCAGUGCAGAAUAAAAAAGGGAGAUGCUUUGUUUAUUCCUGCAUUCUGGUGGCACGAGGUCCAAAGCUACCCUUCAGAACAGAACUUCAAUUUGGCCAUCAAUUUCUGGUAUGAGCCUCUCUUUACCAAGACGUUUCCGUGUGCAGAUUGCAAGUUGAACUUCAAUCACAAGUAUAGAAAAUUACUGAAACAGUUUCACGUUUAACAAUGAAUAGAAUGAAACAGAGAAGUCUUCCAAGAAUGAAUUUUCCUGCCAAAACUGUACAGAAAAGCUUGCUAAUGAGAUGUAGUUUUUAUUAACGCGUUUCUGUAAAAUUUAAAGAUAAUUCAUAAA